AUGGAAGAAGGAAGGCAAUACACAAUGAAUCCUGAUGUGUACCGAGCUGCUUCCAUUGGUAACUCAAGUUUCUUUGAGAAGUUGACAGAUCCCAGUACCCUUCUCCAAUUGACAACCGAGAAGAACACUGUUCUUCACGUUGCAUUGCAAUUCGAAAAAUUUAAUAUUGUGGAAGAGUUGGUUAGGUUACGUCCAAGCCUUGUGCAUGAAAAAAACUCCAAAGGCAAUACUCCGCUACAUGUUGCUGUGAGGUGGACGGGAGCUUCUUCAACAGUAAAGCUCAUAAUACAGAAGGCCAAAGAUCAGCGGGAUGUUGAAGCAGGUGGUCAACAACUUCUGAGCAUGGUGAAUGAGGAUGGGGAUCCUGCCUUGCAAGUUGCUGUACAAUAUGAUAGCGAUGAUGAGUUUGAGAUUGUAAGAGAACUAAUGAAGGAGGAUCCAAAACUGGCUAAACAUGUAAAUAAUGCUGGAGAAUCCGCACUGUUCCUCGCCAUGGAUAGAGAAAACUACAAGAUGGCUCGUUAUAUCCCAAGUGCAGCUCUAGACAACUGCUCCUAUGCUGGAAGGCACGGCAUGAAUAUCUUGCAUGCACUUGUCCUUCACACGAAUUGUUGUAAGUGCUGCUCAAUCCAGCCUGCUUCUUAA